CACCGGAAUUUCCAGGUGUAGCAAGAAGAUUCCUAAAGUUGAUCUUCUCGUAGAGCUAAAAAUCAUGAAAAAACGUGAAAGGCUUCGAACACCUACUAGAAGAGCAAAUCAUUAACAUUAAGAUUAAACAUAUAGAACAAGCACAAUGCGUCCUGGUGCAUCAGCAUCUUCUAGUAACCGUCCUGGCACGUCAGCGUCUGAGGCACCGCGACCAGGAACGUCGCAGAACAAUGCCAGACAGCAGCAAAGAGCGCAAACGACCCCUGGCGGUCCACGACAUCAAGUCGGGGGAGCGUACUUUUGCUUAGUGGUCUACUCUAGGGUUUGCUCUAGGAACUUCUACUCUAGGGUUUCUUUGCUCUAGGGACUUCUUCGACUGAGAAGUGGUCUCCAGGGAGUUCUAUGUGUUGUAUGUUGUGUAUGAAUCCUUUAUGAGCAGCGUACGUCCAAGUCCGUUUUUGGCGUGCCUGAGUUCGAAAUAUUGAAGACAUACUAAAUUAUAAGUAUCUUUCUUCAACAACAACAGAUCAUCGAGUACUACCGCAGCGCGUGUCUCUUUGAACCAGAGGGUUUUUGAUGGUCGAAUGCGCUCACCUUUUGGGAUGUCUCAGCAUACCGUUUUUCCUACGAAACAACAGUCUUUGAGCAUGUUAAGGCUAGACACGACUCACUACUUGGUUCUGCUGUGUUGAAGUAUUAGUAUAUUGUUGAGUGGGUUUCGGUUUCCCUUAGAAGUGAAAGGGAUUAUAAGGGAAGGAAAGGGAAUCCACUCAACCAGGGACGGUGAGUGUCGAGCGUUAAGCAUGCACAGUCCGCAGUCAAGCUGGCAGAGUUUGCACACUAGAGGAGGCAACAGCCUGGAGAAUACCGUUAGUUUUUAUGGAAAUUUUGGCUCUUCGACUUUAGAUGUUCCUGAUUUAUAUUAAGUACUCAAGAAAUUCUUGAUAGUGAAUAAUUUUAGUGGCCUGAUGCUUCAUGCAGCAGAUGAACCAGAAUACCACGCACGAGAACUUGAGCAGCCUUGUUAAGCCCUCUUCUAAUCCAAAGAUAGAAGUUUAGAGCCUCCAGGUGGAAGACCAAAUACCACACCAGGUGGAAUGUUUGGAAGGAGAAGCGCCAGCCUGACAAGUAUUGAUGGACGAGGCGAAUUCAAGCGGACACAAACUAUUAAGGCUCUUGAUGUCGUGAUUUGACUUUCUUGAGGGGUAGGUACAUUUUUUAUUUUUUGAUUUAAGGUAAUGAGACUCCACAUCCGGCGCCCUCUUGUUUGAUGUCAUCUCGUCCUUAAGAUACUUCGUCUAUCGAUUCUUCAUUCUUAGUAAGAAUGAAGAAUCGAUAGUACUACCACUCUUAUUAAUAACCAAAUGUGGUUUAUUUUUUUAUUGAAAAGUAUGAGUAUCGUUCGGUCCAUUCACUUGGACUUUUUUCGUGAUAUGAUAAGGUUGAUAAGGAGGUGAGGAAGAUGCAUCAGUUCGUGCACAACAUGAAGCAAGUAGUUGUAAUCAAGUACCAAAUCAACACUAGCAGGAUAAAGAUACUGAGGAUCAUACAAGGUCACUUUCUAAAGACAAUUGGGUCGUGCUACGGGUAAAAUUGCCUACGUAUCUGAACACGCCGGAGAGGAAGGACGACACGGUAAUAUUUAAGUUUCGUCAAAAGACUUUGACGAGAUUCUGCUAAAAAGUACCUGUUGCACUUCGAACUUUUUGCUCACAACUUAUGUUGUAAAAACUACACUAGCAGCGACAGAACAACAACAAACAGAGGUCUUCUACCACGUGGCACUCCUAAUGAGGAUGCUUCUCUUCACAGGAAAAAUGACUAAAUUACCACUUCUUCAGAGCGAAUGUUCACCUGAAGAAAAGUACGUGAUGAUGCGAAAAAUAGGAGACCUAGAACUCCUUCUUCACGCUUGUCGGCGAAGCGGGAAACUCAGAGAGGAAGGGCGUUGCUGCUUCUCAUUAGCAGUUUUGCAUGACAAUAUUAUGGUUGAAGAGCAUGUUAGUGAUGUUAGACUGUUACUUUUUUAAGGGAUCAUCGUUUUUGGCAUGAUCGAUGUAGUACAACUUUGUGUGGGUCUACCAGAUUGUCCUCGAACUGCCCUACUUGUUUUGCUCCUGAUGCCUGAAGACCAGUCCAGUGCCAGCACCAAGAACGGCCAGCACGACUGACUCUACGAAAUAUAAGACUCUGCGGCCGCGACCUCUUCUAACAUUUUGAAGGAGUACGGCAAAGGUGUGAAGUACUACACCGAUUUCCUCAAGAUUUGCCGUGAUUGCGACGACAAGCAAGGACAGGCAUUAGCCUACCACAGCCUAGCAGCAAGUCAUCAGGUCCUGGGACAGACGAAUUCUUCAGGAGGAGGCUCCUCAAGCAGUCCUACAGAUGAAGGGCAUUUAAUAUGGCCAGUCAUAUUAUAGAUAAGGGUACAAGAAAUCCAUCUUCACUGUUAUCUUGUUCCCGUUUUUAAAGGGAAAGGAGACCCAGGAUGCUGCUGAGGAUGGAUUUCCAUCAGUUCUAAUAUAGGCAAACGCGUACUGCACCAUAUUACUACUAGACUAGUACUGCUCCUCGUCAAUAAUAAAGGAUCACUAUGUAUUUGACAUUUACAUGAACAUGAUGACGGAGUCACCAGGUCAACACGACUAUUUUCAAGCCGUCCACCUCGUCUAACGUGGAACCCAUCAGCAUCAUCAUCUUCUUCUUCAACGACUACCGCCACCCUAGGAGGUCUUUUGGAUGGUACUAAAACAAGUGUAGAUCAUGUAGUUAAGGAGCAAGCUGGUGGAAGUUCAGCGUCCUCCAAAGGACCAAAAGGGUCAGCGGAAGUGCAAGCAGCAAAAGACAAUGAAAAGAUACAACACUUGAAGACGGCAUUGUACUUGAAUUUUUCGUGAUCAUUUCUUUGACCACUUCUAUGAAGAGUAGGGUACCUUAGUAUCUACUCUUGACCACUUCUCUGAGGAGAAUACCCUACUAGUAUCUACUCUCUAUGAGUAUGAACCCUAGUAUCUACUCCAGCACCAGCAGACCUAUAUGCGCGUUGUUGAUGUGAGGGAAGAAACAACUACCCGCCAAACAAUACUUAUAAGUAAGUACUCAACCAGCAGGUACUUCCACAACAAGCAUCGAAAGAUAGCGGAUAGUGUAGGAAAGUUCAUCGCACACGCGAAUUUAGGACUUUGCUAUGCGUCGCUGGGGGAAAAGAAUGCUUCGACGCUGAAUCACCAGUAUUUUGAAUCUUCAGUCGUAUUUUCGUUUCUGAUCUGCCAAGAUACUUCAUCUUCCAGAGUAGUUUAUAGCACGCAUGGAGUGCAUGGAGCGCAGAGCUUUAAGGGGCGCAAGAAGCUCCCCCUUUUUAGCUCCAUGCUACUCCAUGUGAUCCAUGCACUCCAUGCCAUGCGAGCCGUGAAACCUUAUAAAUUGCUCUGUAAUCUUCAUCUAGGUCCAAGAGAGAGCUGAGAGCAGAACUCUACUUGUAAAUCCAUCGACCUUGAUGUCGUGCUGGAGGAAGAUGUUAUAUUAUCAUUCUUGCUGGUGCUCAUGAGGUAGAAGUUCACCCUGCUAAUGUUUAAAAGUACUAUAACCCCAUAGAAUGAAAUAAAAAGAACACCAACGAGGUACGCUCUCCAGUUUGCUCUACAACUCCAAAGUGUAGAGGGGCAGUCCCUAGCGAUCGGCAAUCUCGCUGUUUCUAGCGACGAUCUUGCAUACAAUGAGGAUCCGGAGAAAAUGCGGGUACUGAAGAUAGAUGAAAAUUAAAACGGGGGCUUCCACCUUCCGAUGAUGUGAUAGUAUCUUUACUACCUUCUUCUUCUUCUUCUUCUUGUUCUUCUUCUUCUUCUUCUUCUACGUAGCGCAUAGCCGCGUACAAGUGAAGACCGAUAAAGCGGGGGCUUCACCUGCUAUGUGAAUUUAGAUCAAGUUGUCGCGAAAGUUGUAAAAACACCUCUCAGCUAUAAUAAUUCCUCCUUCGCUGCAUCAAAUCUUGUCAAGAAUGAGCGCCUGUAUCACACACCUCUCCUUCAGGCCCUGAUAGAGCGGUACAUCCAGCUGUGCGACUCUUUGCACCAUGACAACUCCAGUGCUCUCAAGAAGCUUGGCUCUAUCUACGUGAGGAAAGAGCGAGAUUUGGAAAAGGGAAUUGGCUACUACCAAAGGGCUCUAGAUUAUGACUUUGUAGUCCUUAAAUGACAUGCACCACAUGAGUUGUCACAACCUCUCUUUACUAUCUGGAGAAUCAGAACAGGCGUUUUAUUGGUGCAUUUUUCUGAGACUUGUUUAUACGGAAUGAGCAUGAGUCUGCUAGUACGCGUAGGCUAACUGUCACUCUGACUUUCUACUGGAGUCGCGCUCUGCCAUCCCCUUUUCCCCAUGAGCCGACCACCUCUCUAACUCCCAGUCUCUGCGGAAGCUGGUGAUUCGAAAGGCCAGAACAGCGUUUUAGUCUCCAUGGGCAUCCUCACCGGCUUCUCUCAGAUGGACGCGUUUUUGAAAACCAGGGUUCGACUAGCAAAAACAGCAGCACGCCGUGGGACGCCUUGGUGGUCGGCAGGCACGAGUAUAGAACUUCCGCCCACGACAACAGCGCGCGCAAUGACAGCACCUGGAGGAGCGACGAGGCCGGGAAGGGUUUACUAGAUGAAGAGGGUCAGGGUCCCUCCGGGUCUGGCUUUUUCUCUCAAUUCCUUAUCCUGAAUGGAAAUAAGAUUUUUAGACUUACGUGAAAAGUAAAUAAAGAAUAUCAUCUUUAUCAAUCAAGAACAGAUCGGUCGAGCUGCGCAAUUAUCAGCAGACAGCCGUGGCUACAUGACGAACCUGAAAAUUACAAAACCUGAAAUCAAAAUCACGAUGUUUUCGCCGUUUGGAGAGAUUUUACAGCAGUCAGUACCAGCAGGAGGAAAAUAAUUUGCCGAUUUCUAGAACAGCACCACAUCAAAAUGACCGUCCAUGCCAUAGUGUCUACUUAUAAAGAAAGUCAUACCAAAUUAUCACCAACAACAUUGAAAUACUUACAACAACUGAACAAAAGCAUACACGAGGACACAUGUCAGAGACAAAAUGAACCCCCAUGCCUAUCCUGAUUGGUCCCCGCCUCCUGGAUGAUCCGGAGAACUUACUGUGCAUGUCAACAAGUUUUUUGGAGUACAAAGGAAAGGAUAAUCAACACGACGACAACAAGAGCGCAC